AUGAAAUUUAUAAUUGUAUUAUUAUCAAUUUUUUCAUAUAUAGCAUUUACCAAUUCACAAAUUUUUAAUGGUGAAAAUACUCAAUUUGGUGUUGUAAGUAGUAUUAGUAACCCAUUCAAACCCGAAAAUUUAACAUUAGAUUCCAAUAUAAGAAGUUACUCAAGAUAUGAUUGGAGUUAUAUGCGUAUCAAUAUUAGAUCAAAUUUAACUAAAUUCUUAGGCCAGGUUGAUAUUCACCCAAGAGUUGAUGAAUUUACAACAUUUAGAGUACCAAAUACACAAAGUUUAAUAUUUAAAGAUCUCAGAGACCCAAAUAAAGAUUAUAGCGAAAGUAGCGAUGAUAUCAUUACAGGUAGCAAAGAUCGUGAUAUUUAUUUCCCAGGUUGGCAAAUUUGGGCUGAACUUGUUGCAAGAAAAACAAUUGUAACCUACACAACCCAACCAGUUACAGUACCAUGUGAAGUUGAUGGUGUAAGAUCAGAUGCUAAAGAGUGCCAAGCAGAAGGAAGCGAAGAACCACCAGUUAGUUAUACCACCAAUGUUCUUUCAAACUCUACCGAGACCAUCCCAUUAACAUUACCACCAAAGAAUAUUAUCGAUAUUAAUUCUCGUACAUUUGUAAAUUAUUUUGUUAUCGUUGUUCAAUUAGAUAAAGGUAGAAUUAUUGAUGCCGUCUGGGACGGUGAUAGAUUACCAGAAAUUUGUAAAUCAUGUGACUCAUGUAUCGAUGGUCAAUGUGGUGUAAAUUAUGAUGAUAUGCAAUGCGAUCCAACUGAAGAUCAACCACUUAACAAUGGUUGUCAAUUGAAAAUUAUGGUUGCUUGGGCUGGUAGAGAUAAAAACAAUAAACCAUGUCAAUCAAUUAACAAAAUUCCAUCAAACUUCCAAAAAUACAGUUCUACAUCAAUUAAAAAAGUUGGUACUGGUCUUGUUUCAGAUUUCUUCUACAAAAUCAAUGAAAACAACAACAAUCCAAAUAUGGCCUAA